AUCAUUUCAGUUCUCUGAUUUUCUUCGUUUAAUUAUGGACAUAAUUAAGGCAGUGCAACUUUAUCUCGACAAGAUUGUCGCAGAAUGUGGUCCUGGCAUGAAAGUCCUGUUGAUGGACAAAGAAACGACGAGCAUAAUUUCGAUGGUUUUUAGUCAGUCGGAGAUGAUGCAAAAGGAUGUAUUCUUGUUCGAGCGGAUCGAUGGAGGUCGUUCCAAUGAACGCAUGAAAUAUCUCAAAUGUAUUGUUUUCUUACGACCCACCAGUGAAAACAUUUCCCGUCUCUGUGCUGAACUCGAAAACCCAAAAUAUGGCUCGUAUUACUUAUAUUUUAGCAACGUCCUGCCACGAACGGAUGUCAAAUUACUCGCCGAAAAAGACCAAAGUGAAAGUGUGAGAGAGAUCAAAGAGGUCUAUGCUGAUUAUCUCGCUGUCAAUCGAGAUUUAUUCUCGCUGAACAUUCCAACGAGCUUGAAUGCAUUAACGUGGAUCCCAUCCGCGUUGAAUCGCAGUGUUGACGGGAUUAUAAGUGUGUUGCUGUCGUUGAAAGUUCGUCCUUCGAUUCGAUACAGAUCGACAAGUACGCCAGCGCAGACAUUGGGCAAAAAAAUUUACGACAUGAUGAACAAAGAAACAGCUCUGUUCAGUUUUCGUCCACCGGAUGACGGAGUUCCGCCACCGCUAUUGUUGAUUUUAGACAGGAGAGACGAUCCGGUGACGCCCCUUUUGAACCAAUGGACAUAUCAAGCGAUGGUGCACGAGUUACUGACGAUCAAUAACAAUCGCGUGGACUUGUCAAAAGUCAAAGAUGUCCCCAAAGAAUUAAAAGAAGUCGUUUUGAGUGCGGAUCAGGAUGAGGUUUACGCGAAAAACUUGUAUUCUAACUUUGGAGAGAUUGCCAAUGUGAUUAAAACGAUGAUGGAUGAGUUUCAGGUCAAAGCAAAAGACCAACGGAAAAUCGAAAGUAUUGCAGACAUGAAAAAUUUCGUCGAAACGUAUCCGCAAUUCAAGAAAAUGAGUGGAACUGUGACGAAACAUCUCGUAGUCAUCAGUGAAUUAUCGCUGCAAGUGAACAAACAGAAUUUGUUUGAAAUUUCAGAACUCGAGCAAGAAAUCGCUUGUCGUUCGGAUCAUUCGGCCCAAUUACAGCGAGUCACCAAACUAAUUUCUGACGAAAAUGUGAGUUUGCAUAAUGCAUUGCGACUCGUGCUAUUGUAUGCCUUGCGGUAUGAACGUCACGCAAAUUGCGGAACAGCAGGAUUGUUGCAAAAAAUCAAAGCUCGCGGUGGCAAAGCAUUUCUAGUCCCUCGUAUUUUGGAGUAUGUGAGUCAAAGUGGUCGCCAAGACCUGUUCGACAUCACGAAUCUCAGCGAUGCCGUAAAGAUGACACGUCAAAUGCUAAAAGGUCUCAAGGGAGUCGAAAACGUCUACACCCAACACAAUUGUUUACUCAAGGAAAUUUUGGACGAAGUCUUCAAAGGACGACCGCUCGACCAGCAAUUUCCGAGUAUCGGCAACCAAGUGCCGUAUCGACGACCGCCGCAAGAGGUGAUUGUUUUCACAAUUGGAGGUGUCACGUACGAGGAGGCCUACGAAGUGCAUAAACUAAAUCAAGCGGGUUACAAAGUCAUCUUGGGCGGAACCACAAUUCACAAUUCGAAUUCCUUCUUGAACGAGUUGCUCGAUGCCACGAACGGGAUUCAGUUCAAGCAUAAUCGACUCUUGCAAGCAUUCCAUAGUCCGGAGGGCGUCUAAAGACUUUUACUUUAAAACGAAUUAAAUUAACGUAUAACAAUAAACUUUAAUCAGUACAGAAUGUAUUAAUUGGCUAGACAAUCUUUUAGCAUAGUUUCACGAUCGGCAUUGACUUUUUUCACAAAUGUCUCGCUGCGUGACGUCAAACAACCUGUGGAAUGAUUUUUCAACUCGUAUUGCACCUUUUUCAUGGCCGGGCAAUGUAUUUGGUAGUAGAGAACGGCACAAAUUAGAUUCCACAGCGUGAAUUCGGGCCAUAAAGUGUCCGUGAAGUAUACCACAGAUGCAGAUGACUAAAAU